AUGCUGAAUGUUUGCACUGGGACCGAUUAUAAAUCAGCGAUGGGAAAUGGGAACAGUGCAAAGUUGCACUCAACGGAUUUGCAUGUGAACCAGUAUAGCGAAUCGUCGUCGUUUCUUGUCGAUGACGCUGAUCCAAAUACAAAAUGCGUCGCGAUGUUUCUCUUUCAUUUUACGGCCUCUUCCCCUUCCCCUUCACUAUUUUCCUUUUUCCCUUCUUGGAAAAAUUCCCCCUUCAACCUCUGUAAGUUUUAUAUACCGUCACAGUUCUUCGAUCUCCUUCGGAGAGAUUUCCAGGACAUCCAAAACAAUUUCCAAAGUUCAAUACACAUUCGAAGAGAAGAAUUCAUAUGGAUUUUUCUGGAUGUCCACGAUUUUAUGAUCAAACAAGGAUCAUCGAGGAGAGUCACCAACGGAAUUUCCACAUCUCAUUUUGUGCUAAUCUUUCAUUGCAUAGGAUAUUUUUCAUCGAAUGCUAAAAAAUGUUUGUCAAAGUUAUAAUAGUUUUUUUUUUUGUGACAUGCAGGAAAUUUGUAUUGUGAAUUAUUUAGAUAGGGAAAUCAAAAGUAAUAUAAAUGUAAUAAUAUUAGAUAGAAAAUUAGAAAGAAAAGUUAAUAUUGUCAAGUACUACAAAGUAAUUUUAAAAAGGAAAAAAGGAUUCAAGAUUCAGCAUCAACUUUAAAGGAAUAUUCUUUCACUGAG